AUGUGUGUGUUUGUGGUUUUGGAGCUAAAAUUGAAGCAAAAGGAUUCAACCUGUUAUUGGUGUAUACUUAGAGCAGAAGAAAUUAAGAGAAAUAUGAUGAUGGAAAGCAGCUUAGGAGACAUGUUGUUGAAGGUGGGGAUGUUUGUUCUAGUACAAGCAUUGGUUUAUCUCAUCCUUUCAAAAUCAUCCAAUAUAUUCUCCAAGACACAUGAGAAGAGAUCGUUAAGCUUCAAGACAGCUCGCUCUGUUAGCAUUCGAAGGAUUCUUGCUGCCCUGCAAGACUUACCUGCUGGUGGUGAAUUGUCUCCAGCUUCUUCAAAGAGCACGCAAACGCAAUCCCCUACUGUUGAGAAGUCUAAAGAUCGAAUGACAUGUAAGGCUGAUUAA